CGUCCUUAAUAAACUACACAACCCAUCUAUCUGUCAACAUGACGCCCAAUAUUAAACCCCAUUUUUCUCUUCCUCCUCCUCCUUCCCAAUCUCUUUUCCAUCCCCCAAACACUUUCUCACUUCUCAUUUUCCGGCUAGCCAAACAUCCUACAAAACUGCAAAAACGUCCAUAAUAGAUGUAAACAAAAUUCAAAAUACCCUCUCCUCGUAAUUUCCCCACGUGAUCAAAACCCUUUUUUUCUUGAUAAUCACGAUUCUAAUUAAUUCAUCAUGAACCAUGAAUUUCAUACCAAAACAUUUGUCACUGACCCGGAAUACCCUGAACCCGGGUCGGAGAUUGGUCCGGACUCACCUUCCUCCGGAGAUGACACCAAGAUCAUCACCGAACCAUCACCCAAAAAAAGUAAAAGAGGAGUACAGAAGAGAGUGGUUUCUGUGCCGAUCGGUGACGUGGAAGGAUCUAAAAGCAAAGCGGAAACACAUCCACCGACGGAUUCGUGGGCUUGGAGGAAAUAUGGCCAAAAGCCCAUCAAAGGGUCUCCUUAUCCCAGGGGAUAUUAUCGAUGUAGUAGUUCGAAGGGCUGCCCGGCGAGGAAGCAAGUGGAGAGAAGCCGUGUGGACCCCACAACGCUCGUAAUCACCUACGCCGGCGAACACAACCACCCCGUCCCCACCAAGUCACACCACUCCUCCUACGCCGCCGCCGCCGCUGGGGUCGGUGCCGGUGCCGUAGCCGUCGCCAUGUCACCAACCGACGAAGUUCCCGCCAAAUUCGCACCUGAAGAGGAGCUGGCGGUCUUCGCGAGCCAACCGGAACUGGAGCUCAGCGACGACUCGGCGGCGCUGCUAGAUCAGCAUGGUCAGCACCAUCGGCACCACUGGUUCGACGACGUGGCGUCGACGGCCUUGCUGGAGAGCCCGAUCUGCGCGGGAAGCAGUGCUUGCAUGGAUGCCUACGUGGCGGUGUUGUUUGGAGAGAAGGACGACGAGGAAUCUUUGUUCGCGGACCUCGGGGAGUUGCCGGAGUGCUCGGUGGUGUUCCGCCGGAGAAUCGUGGAGCCGGAGGAACAGAAUCGGAGCUGUAGCUUGAGUGCGGUUCCAUGUUGCGGCAGUACAGGAUAAGGACCGUGGAACUUCCUAGGUCUAAUCAAACUGUGGCGGUUGAAUUUGAUAUUUCUGGUAUAUGAUUGGAAUCGCUGAUAGAUAUUUGUCGUCUGCGUAACCCUCAGCGUCGGAAAAGUACAAAAUUUCUUGUAUAAAAUUUUCUUUUUCUUCUUAUUUUAAUUUAUAUCUCUCUUUAAAAAAUUUUAAUUUUUUGUACUA